UGAAAUAAAACUCAUUUUAGAUUGUCUUCAGCAAAAUGGACAUUAUGCAGUCAAAACUGUUAUCCAAUUCCAAAGGUUGGUGUAAAGGUUGGUAACACGACACAUAUACACCAACGCGGUUUGCCCCAGUUAAAAAUAUCAAUACAGUCCGUAAAAGGCAUAUAUGCGCCCGCAGUACCAGGAUCAAGCCAGCAGGGGUCAGCGUUUAACUACAUUGUACUGUAGAAGGCUCUUCCUCUCCCGUUAUGUUUGCAUUUAUCAUCCUGUCGGUUUUAUUAAAAGCUUUGCACAUUUGUUUACUUUAGCUUGGCACAUUUUAUUAAACACCAACACAACAAACAUUCAAGCGGCUGUUACAGAAGAAUAAUUAUAUAUAGCGCUGCAGAUUAUGAAACAAUAAAGUAAUAGAUAUGAAAGGCACUAUAUAAUAGAACGAUAUUGAAGGCGCUAUAUAAGAUAUGUUUGUAAAAAAAACACUAUAUAAUUUACUGUGGAUACGCAUGAAAGGUAUUUGAUGUGACCGUAAUGAAGAAAAGGACAUAAGUAGCGUAUAAAAAGCUGUGUGAUAGAUAAGAAAGUCACUAGUAUGAGGUAAAUUCAAAAGGCGCUACAUUACAGGUUGACAUUUUUUUACAGUUUAAAACAGUAUUUAUUGAAUUAAUAAAAAAUGAUUAUCAGAACUUCAUAAAACGACGCUAUAUAACAAAAGAGAGCGUUAUUUACAAUCUGAUAAUAAAUGAACAAUACGUUGUUAUUUCAUCUGAAUGUGCCCGAGAAGGACUGAAAGACGGCAGACCGUGUUAAUGUUUGGGAGCCUCGGCAAGCGGCAGGCUUGUGACCGUCCACACAAGGGGGCAAGAGAUCGACUGAGAGCGAGCGAGCGAGAAAGAGAGAGAGACAGAGAGCGCAACGGAUACGGGGAGGAGGAGGAGGAGGAAGAAGAAGAAGAAGAAGAAGGGCGAGCAGGAGGCACACGAGGACGGCGGCGCUGCGUGCUGGGGACGGAAAGGAGCUGCGCUGCUCCCUUCAGGAGCCGAGCGGCCGGCAUGGCUUACAUACAGCUGGAACCCAUUGAUGAGGGUUUCCUCUCCAAACUAUCCAACAUUUUGCUCUGCUGUUGGACCUGCCAGGCUUGCUGCCAGUCCUGCUGGGAAUGUAGCUGCUGCCAGCCUAGUGAUGAAGAAGUGGAAAUUCUUGGACCUUUCCCUGCACAGACUCCAUCGUGGCUGAUUAAUGACCAGAGUGAGGAUAAAGAGGGCGACUCUGACAAUACAGCAAGUGACCCCCCUGCCACACCCCAGGACUCCUCUCCGGACCGCAGAAGAUCAAGCUCAGACACGUCUCGCUCCACAUACACCCUCACCCGCCGCAUAUCCAGUUUGGACACCAGAAGGCCAAGCUCCCCCUUGAUUGACAUCAAGCCAAUCGAGUUUUGGGCCAUUAGCUCCAAGAAGGAGGCGGUCCAGCCCACUUUAUUACGCAAGACUUAUGCAGCUGACGACGACUACUUCCGCAAGUUUGAGCCGCGGCUAUACUCCAUGGACUCCGGUUGUGAUGAUGUGGAUUCCUUGACAGACGAGGAGAUUGUAUCACGAUACCACCUGGGCAUGUUACAUUUUAGCACACAGUAUGACCUCAUGCAGAACCAUCUGACGGUGCGCAUCAUUGAGGCCCGGGACCUGCCCCUUCCCAUGUCCUGUGACAGCACCCGCCAGGACAUGGCCCACUCCAACCCUUACGUGAAAAUAAGUCUGCUACCUGACCAGAAGAACUCACGGCAGACUGGUGUCAAGCGGAAGACCCAGAAUCCGGUGUUUGAGGAGCGUUAUACCUUUGACAUCCCGUUCAUGGAAGCUCAGCGACGAACCCUCCUUCUGUCCAUCAUUGACUUUGACAAGUUUUCACGCCACUGUGUCAUUGGCAAGGUGACAAUGCCCCUCGGUGAUGUGGACUUGAUCAAAGGUGGCCACUGGUGGAAAGCAUUGGUGCCCAGUUCACAGAAUGAAGUGGAACUUGGAGAACUUCUCUUGUCCCUCAACUAUCUGCCCAGCGCAGGGAGACUAAAUGUGGACAUCAUUCGGGCCAAACAGCUGCUGCAGACGGACAUGAGCCAGGGAUCAGACCCAUUUGUAAAGAUUCAGCUGGUGAAUGGCCUCAAACUGGUGAAGAGCAAAAAGACUUCAUGCAUGCGAGGAACCAUUGACCCCUACUACAACGAGUCCUUCAGCUUCCGAGUCGCCCCGGAUGACCUACAGGACGUCAGCCUUGUUUUUACAGUUUACGGCCACAACAUGAAAAGCAGCAACGACUUUGUGGGACGUGUCGUGAUUGGCCAGUACUCAACAGGGCCCCCCGAAACCAGCCACUGGCGCCGCCUGAUGACAUCCCAUCGCACUGCCGUGGAGCAGUGGCACAGCCUCAGGUCCCGCGCCGAGUGUGACCGGGUGUCCCCCGCGUCUCUGGAGGUCACGUGAACCGUCAAGACCCUCCAAAUCAAAGGAGACGGACUGGGAGGGGAGAGGAGGACUGGGAUGAGGGGAGCAGAUUUCAAGCAGAAUGCAACUUUUCUUUUUUAAUCACACGUUCUGGACCUCUGGGGUGGGGGGGGGGGCUUCGAGUCUUCUUUGAUGUCCUGGCAGACGACAGAAACAUCUGGUGCUGUUUUAACUGUCCACCCCAAUGGAGCAGAAGUGACAAACCCCAAUGCUUAGCAAAGUCAGCUUCAGAAGGGACGCUGGUGACCCCGAGCCCACCCUGUCGCUGUGCAGCAGCAGCCGGACCGCUGAUAGUUUCACACAAUCGAGAUUCAAGUCCACUUGAACACUUCGGGUCCAUUAAGGGUGACAAAAACCGCCAGUCCUCCCCAUUCUGGUAGAUUAUCAGCAUUCACCCCUUUCCUUGUUGUUGUCAUGGACUCUGGCAGCACAUCCAAUGUUGGAGCCCCCUGGUGAUUUCCACUUCUCUCAUUGGCACUUCCAGCAAUGAACUGCACUGCUGAGGGGCACAUCAGGAUGAAGACGGGAUGCCAUGAGACCACUUGAGCUUGAAGACCACUCGUGCGCCUCUGUUUGUCGUCGGCUGUUCAUGUGUUGUUGUUGUUCCCUUCGUGGUCAGCAGAAUGAAAAUCAUCCGUCUAGCCCUAAAUGUGAAAGGCACCAUAUAAUGGAUGGGUACAUGUGAAAGGCGCUAUAUAACAGAGUAACAGAAUAAAUAGGCAGAGAGAUACGAAAGGCAAUAUAAAGUAUAUUGGCAGAAAUCAACAGAUAAACUGACAGAUAUGGAAGGCGCUAAUUAACUAAAUACCGAGAUGUGAAAGGCGCUAUAUAAUAGAGUAACAGAAAUCAAAAGAUCAGUCGAGAGCUAGGAAGGACCAUAAAGUGUACUGACAGAAAUUAACAGAUAAAUUGAAAGGCGUGGGAGCCACUAAAUAACUAAAACGUAAAUACCGAGAUGGGAAAGGCGCUAUAUAACAAAUUAAUGAAAAUAGAUAGAGACAUACAAAAGGCAAUGUAAAGCAAAUUGGCAGAAAUCAGAUAAAUUGACAGAGAUAUGGAAGGCGCUAUAUAAUCGAUAGACAUCAAAGACAAUACAAAGGCACUAAAUAAGAGACAAGUGAAUUGAGAAAUGUGAAAGGCGCUAUAUAAGAUAAAUUGAUGGCGAUAUAAAAGGCGCUAUAUAGUAAAUUAACAGAAAGAUAAACAGUUAAAUGAAGAGUACCUGGCGGACAGAGAUACGCCAUACUGUAUCAUUUUACAUGCCCACUUAAUCCUGACCAGCAUCGUGGGGGCAGGAGCCUCGCCCAGCAAGUGUAGCGUCCCAGUCCCUAUUGGCAGGGUCACACACACACACGGCCAGUUCACCACCGCCAAGCUCCCUCACCUGUAUGCCUUCAGAAAGCCUACGCAGGGAUGACCCAGGAUGUGAACCUCGGUCUUCUUACUGCGUGGCAGCCGCACAGCCCGACUGAGAAUUAAAUACAUUGACAGAGAUGUGGGAGUCGGAGGAGAAAGGCGGAAUGAUAAGAGAUGUGAGAGGUGCUAUACAACAGAAAAUGUCUGCCACUGUGUCACAGGGACAGCAGGUGAGUCGAUGUGAAGGUUCACGUCCUAAAAGAGUCCAUUGAAGUCCCAUCAGCACCCCCAGAGUUUUCGAGGUCACCCUGAUUUAUUUUUUGACUGUGCCGUCCUGCUACUGAGGGGCACAUCACAAUGCAGACUUUUUUGUAAUGCCGUGACACCCCUCGAGACCGCCCAUUCACAUUUGCUCUCCUUCAGAUUGAUUGUUCUCAUUUCUUCCCCUUUGCAAUGAGCAGACUGAAGAUGAUGACCCUGUCCACCCCAGUGCCCUGCCUUUCUUGGUAAGCUGCACCCCCCCCAGACAUGUUCUGCCCACAAUAAGACCACCGUUCCACAAGGACAGCCGAGUGAUCCAGCGGUGGCAUUUGAACCUGAAGCCAUGCUGCAGAUCCCAGUUGUGACAAUCAGUGAGAGAUUUCGGGACCCAGAAUACACCGAAGCAGGGGCACCAGCCGGUGGUCCAAUCUGAGAGGUGGGAUGCUGACCGGUGCCCUCCAGCAGAAGACCUCAGGUGGGCUGGGGUUUGUGUAGUUGCUGUUGUUGUUGUAAUGAUGAAGUUUAGCCUGACGUGAUGAUUGCUUGGCUGCCCCUGUCACUGUCACACUUGCGUCCCUUUACACACAUUUGAGUGAACUGAAGUCCGCCGUGAGGACAAGACACACACACACACACACACACACUGCUUUAUGGGUGGGCACAGGGCGAUCCUGGAUUCAGCGUGCUGCUUGGCCUUGCAUGUGUGCCAAGAAGCAAGAUACCCCCAGGCCAAAAGUGUCCAUGCGGGCACGUCUCAGCUUCUUGCCUGUGCCACCAGGAGACCUGGUGCCAGACGUCCCCCACAAUACCUGAUGUGUACCCCUGUCCAGCAGUCUGAAGGGCUCAGAUUUGUGUGCCUUUCUUUUGCUUAUGUAGCUCCUGGCCCGGUGACCGUUAUGUCACACAUACAUCAAGCGUUGGAAAGGCGCUAUAUAAAUAAAAUGUAUUAUUAUUAUUAUUAUACAGAAUUAAAAAUAAUAGAAAAGAAAAUAAAAGGCAGUGCAGAGCCCUGGGACAAAAUGGAGAUGAAGGAGUUGACAAGUUGAAGAUCAAUGACGCUGAGUAAACGAGUGGAUUUGAGUGAAGAGAUGAAAGGCGGCAGGGGGCCUCGUGUUAUAUAGCGCCUUUCACCGUACACAGAUGACUUUAUGAACAAGCGAGCUGAGUGGGCUGCUCAGGGUGCAACUUGAACUUGAGGCCUGUGGUUUCAGGUCCCAGUCCACAGCCACCAGAUGGACUUUUAUUUUCCAGCUCUGGUGACAUCUUCUUCAUGUCCCCUGUGACUGUUGCCCUUUUGUUUUUUGUCACGUGACCGGAUUCUAAUUGUUUAAAUGUGGACAAGCAGAUGUUCCAGGUGACCAAACUGUGACUCUCUGUGACCCGCCUCCCUGGAACGCGCUUGUUGUUGUGUCGAGUGUCAUUGUGAUGAUAUUGUGUGACAAGCUGAGUGUCCUCAAACCGGAGCAUCCCCCUCUGUGCUGAUGUCAAGUGUGGACUUCCAUGAUGUCAGAAUCCCCUCCGCGAGCCGCUCGUCUUCUCUGUGACUCCCGAGUGUUUCUCCCAAAGCCUUGUUGUCUUGUUGUGUGCUCGACGUCAGCUCACUUACUAACAAUAAAGAGGGGCGCCGAUGA